AUGGAUAAGUUUGAACUUCGCAAAUUUAGAGAAGAAAAAUUUUAUGAAAAUCAAACAGAACCACCAGAAUCAUGGUCACCUGAUUCUUUUGGUAAAUGGUGUUUAGAUCAUGAAAUUUUUAAUGGCGAAAAGUUGAAAAUAAUUGAUUACACGAAAAAGGAACUUGAGGCUAUAUCUGAUAAUUUAUUUAUUGACCAAGAUGAUUAUAUUCAGCAUGAACUGAUACAAUUGUAUAUAACAUUAGAUGUGUUGAUAAGAUGGAAAAAAACCAAAACCAAGGUUUUUCUUAGAACUAAAAAUAGAGGAAAAUUAGAACAGAUUGAAAGUAUAAAAUCAUUACAAAUGGCAAAAAAGUUUAUAAAUGAAUUCCCUCGCCUAUUAUUGUAUGUAACAGCCAUGCCAAAUUUUACACCAGAGCUCAGUGUUGGCAAAUCUGUCCAAAUGUCCAAAUGGUCCAAAUUGUGUCCAAUAUCUGGAUCCAAAUGUCCAAUUAGUAUUUGGAAUUGGACAUGGUGCAACAAAAGUCAUGUUGGCAUAUUGAACAGUUCAAUUUGUGUCCAAAUUACUAUAUUAGAUAAUUUGGACAUAAAUUGGAUGCUUGCUGUUCUAUCCAAUGAUUAUGUUUAA